GAGGGAUAUUCGCGACGCCGGUGACAGCGGCGAGACACCUGCUGACGGCUAUGCUGUCAGGUCGCUGCCCGUCCAUGGGGGGGUCAACGUUCAGGGCGGCAGCGCCGCCAUCGUCGCUCGAGUGUCGUAUAUGCCAGGUCACGGCUGCAGACGAGGACGAGCUCUGUAGCCAUCUCGUCAAGCACCUGCCGGCGCCCGUGGCGCUCCCUCGCGCGAGAGGCCUCGCUCACAGCCGCCAUGGAGACCCCAGCCUGGAUGAAGAAAAGGGGCCCCGAGUCUCGCGACGACGCCGCCGCCGAGGCCAAGGUAGCCCGGAAGGAGAUCGCGGCGGCGGCCAAGAAGGGGGGCGACGCGGCCAUGCGCGAGCUCCUCGUGGUGCUAACCAAGCUCGUGCUCUCGGACUCGCGCUGCCUGGCCGAGGUCGUCGGCACCGUGUACCGCACCUGGGAGGUGGACCUCAAGGGCGACGAGCACGUGGGCUUGGCCCUCGAGGCGGCGGGGAAGGACUACAACACCGAGAGCGAGCGGCUCAGGAAGGAGAGGCAGGAGGGCGGGAGUCCCGACUUCGAGUCGCGGGGGCCCCCACAUGUCCACGUCUUUGUGGCAUUCCUCCAGUGGGCCGGCAAGCAGGAGCUGGGCGAGCACAAAGCCCCGCUGAUGGACUUCUGGAACAAUGUGAUCGUCACGCUGGAGCCCCUGAAGAUCGCGGAGAGGGUGCCCUACUUCAAGUGGAGGCGCAACAAGGGGCCGGGGGGAGUGCUGCAAGACAAGGGCCGGAUUCAGCUCGCCUUCGACCAGACCGACUCGGACAUGCAGGUGUUCACCAAACUGUUCGACGCCAUAAUGGUGAAGCAGGGGGCCAAGAGGCGCGUGGGAGCAGCUCCCAAGGGGCCGCUGGAGAGGGACGCGGGCCGCCUCCUCGCCGCGAUGGUGUCGAAGUGAGGCACAGUAGCCCCGAGCAGGGGCCAGCAGGCUCAUGCGCCCAGCUCUCUCGAAGCCCCGCUCCUUCGGCCUCCUCCUCUUCCUUGCACGGCAUCCCGGCGGCAUUCGCCGGAAGCGUAAGAUUUUUAGAAUUAAGGGCUCAGGGGAAGGUCCCAGCAGUUUUGGAGAUUUCUCAGGCGGCGCGGGGGCAGGUGCCUCCCACUGUAGUUUUGGCGCGCCCUAAGGGG